GAGAGCAGAAGGCAGGAGGAGGGAGGGGAGGAGGGAGGAGGGAGGGAGAGAGGGAAUCCAGCUACCACCACCCAAAGCCAGCGUCUGCUUUCUGUCCUCAUUUCCUUUUCCCACCCAGCUCGGAGAGCAGAGAAAGGCAGAGAGAGCGAGAAAGAGAGACAGGCAGGCAGGCAGACAGACAGACAGGCAGAGUGAGCGGGAGGGAGGAGGGCGGAGGAGGAGGAGCAGGAGGACUACGCGGGGCGCCUUCCCUCUCAGCAGCUGGGCGUCCGCGUCCCUGCCGCCGCCGGAAGACGGACGCCCCCCCAAAGCCCCUCGCCUGGCUCGGACCCACAGAGCCGGCAGCCCAGCACUCCGGAGAGACACUGUUCAACCCCACCAUUCCAUACGAAGAUCAGAAGAACCUUAUGUCUAGCUGUCUUCACUUUCCAACAUCUGUACCAGAACCACUGACUUUUGGGAAGAAGAGAUGUUGGGGAGCUAAAAGAGCUUUUGCAAGCCAAGGGAGGCAAUUCUGGGCUUCGUGAAGUCUUAUGGGAGCUUGCCUGAUUGUCUACCCAUCGGCCUGGACCCCAGAGCCAACCCAGCAGAGUGUGUACAGAGGGCCUCAGGUGAGGGGCACGGCUCAGGCCUCUGUGGAGACCACCCUGGAGACUCUGGCACUGGUGGAGACAGGCCUUUCCUGCUGAGCCAGGCCUCUACCGAGCCUGCUCAGGAUUGGUAAGAAGAAUUAAAUGAAGCAAUGCCUGGACAGCUUCCAGCCCAGUGCCUGGCGUGCAGUAGGUGCUCACUAAACCUGAGCUGCGGUGGUCCUUUCCAGGCGCUGUCCACACCCCGAGGCCUGGGCUCAGGCCGAAGUUGCUCUGCAACACCUCCAUCUGACAGCCAGCGACUGGCAGAGUCCCCGAGCACGGGGACCCUCUCUAUCCCAGAGAUCUCCAGUGUGACAGCCCAGGCGGCAGAGCCGAGGGUCCUAGUCCCGGCUUCUCGCACCCUCAUGUCAGCCCCGGCCCCGCCCGGCGGCCCUCGGAGGACAAGGUCAGGAUGCGUGUGAAGCCCCAGGGCCUGGUGGUGACUUCCAGUGCCGUGUGCAGCUCUCCUGACUACCUCCGGGAGCCCAAGUACUACCCCGGCGGCCCUCCUACCCCUCGGCCCUUGCUUCCUACCCGGCCACCUGCCAGCCCACCUGACAAGGCCUUCUCCACCCACACCUUCUCUGAGAACCCACGCCCACCCCCACGCCGGGACCCCAACACCCGGCGUCCAGCAGUACUUGCCAAGGGGGACGACCUGCUGCCCCCGAGGGCCACCAGGCCUGUCUCCCAGGCCCACUGUCCCAUACCUGCCGGAGAGAGCAACUCCCUCCACCACUGGGACAACGGCCGUGUGAACCUGCAUCCAGUGGUGCAGCUGAUUGACAUCAUGAAGGACCUAACACGGCUCUCCCAGGACCUGCAACACAGUGGUGUGCAUCUGGACUGUGGUGGGCUGCGGCUGAGCCGCCCACCUGCUCCACCACCCGGCGACCUGCAGUACAGCUUCUUCUCCUCACCCAGCCUGGCCAACAGCAUCCGCAGCCCUGAGGAGCGUGCCACCCCUCAUGCCAAGUCAGAGCGGCCCAACCACCCGCUCUAUGAGCCUGAGCCUGAGCCCAGGGACAGUCCCCAGCCUGGCCAAGGCCAUGGUCCUGGAGCCACAGCCACGGCCACUGGUCUGCCUCCAGAGUCUGAGCCAGAUGGGCCUGAUUACUCUGAACUUGCAGAUGCUGAUAUCCUCAGUGAAUUAGCUUCCCUUACCUGCCCUGAGGCCCAGCUGCUAGAGGCCCAGGCUCUUGAGCCACCAUCGCCUGAGCCUGAGCCUCAGCUCCUGGACCCCCAGCCUCGCUUCCUAGAUCCACAGUCGCUAGAGCCACUAGGGGAAGGUUUGGAGCUGCCACCUCUGCAACCUCUUGCUGAUCCUCUGGGGCUGCCAAGCCUGGCUUUACAGGCCCUCGAUACCCUACCUGACUCCUUAGAGUCCCAGCUACUUGACCCCCAGGCACUUGACCCCCUGCCCAAGUUGCUGGAUGUCCCUAGCCGCCAUCUAGAGCCCCAGCAGUCCCUGGGGCACUGCCAACUGGCUGAGCCCUUACGCCUGGACUUGUGCUCACCUCACGGCCCCCCAGGGCCCGAGGGUCACCCCAAGUACGCCUUGCGGCGCACUGAUAGGCCAAAGAUCCUGUGUCGCCGGCGGAAAGCCGGAAGAGGGCGGAAGGCAGACUCAGGACCUGAGGGUCGCUUGCUACCCCUGCCUAUGCCUACUGGGCUGGCCGCUGCCCUGGCUGAACCCCCACCACCACCACCUCCACCACCUCCUGCUCUGUCUGGUCCAGGCCCAGUGCCAGAGCUGGAAUCAGAAUCUUCUCAGACCCCUCUGGUCCCCACCCGCAAAGGCAAGUGUCGGGGUGUGCGGCGCAUGGUGGUGAAGAUGGCUAAGAUCCCCGUAUCACUGGGGCGGCGGAACAAGACCACGUACAAGGUGUCAUCCUUGAGCAGCAGCCUGAGUGUGGAGGGCAAGGAGCUGGGCCUGCGUGUGUCAGCAGAGCCCACCCCUCUGCUAAAGAUGAAGAACAAUGGGAGGAAUGUGGUGGUGGUCUUCCCACCGGGUGAGAUGCCUAUUAUUCUCAAGCGUAAGCGUGGCCGCCCUCCGAAGAACCUGUUGCUGGGUCCUGGCAAGCCCAAGGAGCCAGCAGUGGUAGCUGCUGAGGCAGCCACUGUGGCGGCAGCUACCAUGGCCAUGCCAGAGGUGAAGAAACGGCGGAGACGGAAGCAAAAGCUGGCAUCUCCCCAGCCAUCCUAUGCAGCGGAUGCCAAUGAUAGUAAGGCUGAGUACUCUGACGUCCUCGCCAAGCUGGCGUUCUUGAACCGUCAGAGCCAGUGUGCUGGGCGGUGUUCACCACCCCGCUGCUGGACACCCAGUGAGCCUGAGUCUGUGCACCAGGCCCCAGAUACCCAGAGCAUCUCCCACUUCCUGCAUCGCGUGCAGGGCUUCCGGCGGCGUGGGGGCAAAACAGGAGGCUUUGGAGGCCGGGGUGGAGGUCAUGCAGCCAAGGCAGCCCGAUGUUCCUUCAGUGACUUCUUUGAGGGCAUUGGCAAGAAAAAGAAGGUGGUAGCAGUGGCAGCUACUGGGGUUGGGGGACCUGGUCUCACCGAGUUGGGGCACCCACGCAAAAGGGGCAGGGGGGAGGUGGAUGCCGUGACUGGGAAACCCAAGCGUAAGAGGCGGUCCCGGAAGAAUGGGACUCUGUUCCCAGAGCAGGUGCCAAGUGGCCCAGGCUUUGGGGAGGCAGGUGCUGAGUGGCCUGGGGACAAAGGUGGUGGCUGGGCCCCUCAUCAUGGGCACCCAGGUGGGCAAGCUGGCCGAAACUGUGGGUACCAGGGGACCGAGGCCCGGGCUUUUGCCUCUGCUGGGCUAGAGAGUGGGGCUUCAGGCCGUGGCAGCUACUACACGGGUGCACCAUCGGGUCAGACAGAGCUUAGCCAGGAGCGCCAAAACCUCUUCACUGGUUAUUUUCGCUCCUUGCUCGACUCAGAUGACUCCUCUGACCUCUUGGACUUUGCCCUCUCAGCCUCUCGCCCAGAGUCCCGGAAGGCAUCAGGCACCUAUGCAGGGCCUCCCUCCAGUGCCCUGCCUGCUCAGCGGGGUCUGGCCACCUUCCCGAGUCGGGGAGCUAAGGCCAGCCCAGUGGCGGUGGGCAGCAGUGCAGCUGGGGCAGACCCCUCCUUCCAGCCUGUCCUGCCCACUCGCCAGACUUUCCCACCAGGACGGGCAACAAGCUAUGGGAUAACCCCAGCCACUUCAGACUGCCGGGCAGCUGAGACCUUCCCAAAGCUGGCUCCCCCUCCUUCAGCUGUGGCUCGCUCUCCUACAACCCACCCACCUGCCAACACCUACCCCCCACAGUAUGGUGGCUAUGGGGCUGGACAAAGCGUGUUUGCCCCAGCUAAAGCCUUUUCGGGCCAGGACUGUGCUAACAGCAAGGAUUGCAGCUUCGCCUAUGGCAGUGGCAACAGCCUUCCUGCCUCACCCAGCAGCGCCCACAGCGCUGGCUAUGCCCCACCACCUACUGGGGGUCCCUGCCUGCCACCCAGCAAGGCCUCCUUCUUCAACAGCUCUGAAGGAGGCCCCUUCUCUGGGUCAGCCCCUACACCCUUGCGCUGUGAUAGUCGGGCCAGCACUGUCUCGCCUGGUGGCUACAUGGUGCCCAAGGGCACCACAGCUUCUGCCACCUCCGCAGCCUCUGCCGCCUCCUCCUCCUCUUCUUCCUUUCAGCCCUCACCUGAGAACUGUCGGCAGUUUGUGGGGGCUUCUCAGUGGCCUUUCCGGCAGGGCUAUGGAGGCCUGGACUGGGCCUCAGAGGCCUUUAGUCAGCUCUACAAUCCCAGUUUCGACUGCCAUGUCAGCGAGCCCAAUGUGAUCCUGGACAUCUCCAACUAUACACCACAGAAGGUAAAGCAGCAGACGGCCGUGUCCGAGACGUUCUCCGAGUCGUCCUCCGACAGCACCCAAUUCAAUCAGCCAGUCGGUGGUAGUGGUUUUCGGCGUGCCAACAGCGAGGCAUCGAGCAGUGAGGGCCAGUCAAGCCUGUCCAGCCUGGAGAAACUGAUGAUGGACUGGAAUGAGGCAUCAUCUGCCCCUGGUUACAACUGGAACCAGAGUGUCCUCUUUCAGAGCAGCUCCAAGCCUGGCCGUGGACGGCGGAAGAAGGUGGACCUGUUUGAGGCCUCACAUCUAGGCUUCUCGACAUCUGCCUCAGCCACUGCCUCUGGCUACCCAUCUAAACGGAGCACAGGGCCCCGGCAGCCUCGGGGUGGUCGAGGUGGUGGAGCCUGCUCAGCCAAGAAAGAGAGAGGUGGUGCAGCAGCCAAAGCCAAGUUCAUCCCCAAGCCACAGCCAGUCAAUCCACUGUUCCAGGACAGCCCAGACCUUGGCCUUGACUACUACAGUGGGGACAGUAGCAUGUCACCACUGCCCUCCCAGUCUAGAGCCUUUGGUGUGGGAGAACGAGACCCCUGUGACUUCAUGGGACCCUACUCCAUGAACCCAUCCACGCCUUCUGAUGGCACUUUUGGCCAAGGUUUCCAUUGUGAUUCACCCAGCCUGGGUGCUCCCGAGCUCGAUGGCAAGCAUUUCCCACCGCUGGCCCACCCACCCACAGUGUUUGAUACUGGCCUGCAGAAAGCAUACUCGCCCACCUGUUCACCCACGCUCGGCUUCAAGGAAGAGCUGCGGCCACCGCCCACAAAACUGACUGCCUGUGAGCCCCUCAAGCAUGGGCUCCAGGGGGCCAGCCUGGGCCACACAGCUGCAGCCCAGGCCCACCUGAGCUGCCGGGACCUCCCGCUGAGCCAGCCUCACUAUGAUUCCCCCAGUUGCAAGGGCACAGCCUAUUGGUACCCACCUGGUUCAGCUGCCCGUAGCCCACCCUAUGAAGGCAAGGUGGGCUCAGGGCUGCUGGCUGACUUUCUGGGCAGGACGGAGGCUGUGUGUCUCAGUGCCCCCCACCUGGCUAGCCCACCAGCCACGCCCAAGGCCGACAAGGAGCCACUGGAGAUGGCCCGGCCACCUGGUCCACCCCGUGGCCCUGCUGCAGCAGCUGCUGGCUAUGGCUGCCCGCUCCUUAGUGACUUAACCCUGUCCCCUGUGCCAAGGGACUCGCUGCUGCCCCUGCAGGACACUGCCUACAGGUAUCCAGGCUUUAUGCCACAGGCGCAUCCUGGCCUGGGUGGGGGCCCUAAGAGCGGCUUCCUGGGGCCCAUGGCGGAACCUCACCCUGAGGACACAUUCACCGUCACCUCCCUGUAGUGCCAACUGAAGUGCCGACUGGACCACGAGGUUUUGUUUCUGGCUUUCAGAAAACCAAUGCCAAGACCCCUCCCAGCGUCCACAUCGUCCUCUGGCAGGAGCGCCUGCCCCUCUGCCUCCCACCUGCCCCUUGCACUCCCUGCAGCCCACCCCCCCCACCCCCACACAGAAGCCGAAGGUGAGCCCUUUCUGCACAAAACCAGCAAUUGUAAAUACUUUUUAAAAAUGUACAAAACUUAAAAACAAAACAGUUUUAGAAAAAGACAAAAAAAAAAAAGAGCGAGCGAGAGAGAGAGCGCGUGUGCAAGAGUUUGCAAGCAGGGCCUCAAGGUGUCCAGAGCCCCUGCAAGUAUGCACUGAGAAAUUUAUCUACAGGUCGUUUGACAAAAAUGAACAAUAUCCUAUUUAUUGUAUAUACUGUUUUAUUAUAAAUCGUGGAUUGUAUAUUGCA